AUGGCAGAGUCACCACCAGGAGUAGAUCUAACCAAAACUCCUCUUGUCCCUGCACCUGCCGGGCAGAAGUCGAACUUCGUCACUCCGGUCAGCCAUGCCGAAGAAUACUACAUCAUCGCAGGCAUCUGUACUGCGUUGAUGGCUUUUCUUGUUCUUCUGAGGCUGUAUAUCCGGUUCUUAGUUACUCAUACGCCGUGGUGGGAUGACUUGACUGCUGUGCUUGCGCUGCUCUCUCAAUCCGCAUACACAGGCAUGAUUAUCAAAGAGGGAUCCCUCGGUCUCGGACGACAUGUUUGGGACGUCACACUGGCCAAGUUCGCUGAAUUCGAUAGAUAUGCAAGAAUCCUCACCGCGCCAGCAAUCUACUUUACGAAGCUGACCCUGCUCCUGCUAUACCUGCGCCUCUUCUUGCUGAAUCGCUUCGUGAAGAUCGGUAUCUGGGGAGGUAUCGUGUUCUGCACGGUCUACUACACCGCUGCGUUUUUCCUCAACAUCUUCUUAAAAGACGUGCACGCGCUCUUGAUGUUGGCGUACAGCGUGGGUGUUAUCGGCGUUGUCAGCGACGUAUACAUCAUCACACUUCCGUUGCUGGCUAUUGCGCAGCUGCAUCUGAGCAGGGCCAAGAAGUGGCGCGUUGCUGCUGUAUUCCUUACGGGACUUUUAAGUGUGGUGAUGAGCAUUUUGGGCUGCGUAUACCGCUUCCAACUCAACCUCAUGGACAUCACUUACUCCCUCGGGGAGAUCUACAUCGUCAACACAAUGGAGGUCGACAUCGGCAUAAUAUGCACCUGCCUCCCCCUCCUUGGCACACUCUUCAAAGAAAACACGAAGGAAUCCUGGUGGCUGACCCGCUUCCGAUCCAUCCGCAACCGUCUCUUUUCCUCACGAGCAGCCUCGCAGGGCUCAGGCGGAUCCCGAAGCGUCGCUGAUCCCUCACGCUCACGCCUUCCACACAGCGUGCACAAGAAACAUCAAGGUCACAGUUCUGAUAAUAUCAAGCUUAUUCCGCAGACCUCUGUCGCGGAUGCGGUGCCGGAGACUAAUACCGUGCCGCUGCCGUCUAGUCCACCGAAUGCGAUUUGGCGCAAGAUGACAAUUGAGCAGACGUGGGGAGAGUCUUGCUGUUAG